UUGCGUGUCCUUGACGCAACAACAAUCCCCGUCAAUACAGCUCAAAUCUGUUUAUCGCCGAGUGGAUAUUUUGCUAGCCUAAUAAUUUCUCCCGAACAGUGCCGGAUUUGGGCUAUUAUGGCGUCUUUGGGGGAACCUGUUCGACUGGAAAGAGACAUUUCUCGGGCCAUUGAAUUGCUUGACAAACUCCAGAGGACGGGGGAAGUGCCACCCCAGAAACUGCAGGCACUGCAAAGGGUCUUGCAGAGCGAGUUCUGUAAUGCUGUGCGAGAGGUGUAUGAACAUGUGUAUGAGACAGUGGACAUUAACAGUAGCCCAGAAGUCAGGGCAAAUGCCACAGCCAAGGCCACUGUUGCAGCGUUUGCGGCCAGUGAGGGGCACUCACACCCUCGCGUGGUGGAGCUGCCUAAGACUGAGGAAGGACUUGGCUUCAAUAUAAUGGGAGGGAAGGAACAGAACUCUCCUAUUUACAUCUCACGCAUCAUUCCUGGUGGAAUCGCCGACCGCCACGGGGGCCUCAAGAGAGGCGACCAGCUUCUUUCUGUCAAUGGGGUGGUACGUGUUGUUUAUGCAGUCUCUGGUUGUGUCCGAAUACCCAUACUUGCGUUCUAAAUAGUAGGCAUUUUGGGAAGGCGAAAAAGAAAGUUUUGUAGAAUGUGCAAUUUCGAAAAUUGAGUAUGCUUUAAAAAUUCCAGGAUGUCAUACUCAUUUUUGCUUUUUGUUUAGUAGUAUUUGCUGCACUUGAGGAAGAGAAUUGUAUUUCGAGGCCCACGUGUGUCUGACAACAGCUGAGGGGACAAGCUGUACCAAAAUAAAUUAAUGUAGGGAAUCGACACAAUUGCCCAUUGUAGGAU